GGUUUCCCACUCAAGGUAUAUGACCGAUGGUAUGUUACUGCGUGAAGCGAUGAACGACCCUCUGCUCGAACGUUAUGGGGUAAUCAUUCUUGAUGAGGCCCACGAAAGAACGCUGGCUACGGAUAUUUUGAUGGGUGUUCUGAAGGAGGUGGUGAGGCAGAGGUCUGAUUUAAAGGUGAUAGUUAUGAGCGCUACUCUAGACGCUGGCAAGUUUCAGAUUUAUUUCGAUAACUGUCCUCUCCUCACGAUUCCUGGUCGUACACAUCCGGUGGAGAUUUUUUAUACUCCAGAACCAGAAAGGGAUUACCUCGAAGCGGCCAUUCGUACAGUAAUACAGAUCCAUAUGUGUGAGGAAGAGGAAGGAGACCUCCUCCUUUUCCUUACUGGACAAGAGGAGAUCGAUGAAGCCUGCAAGAGGAUAAAGCGUGAAAUCGAUGAUCUGGGCCCCGAGGUUGGUGACAUUAAGAUCAUUCCGUUAUAUUCCACACUUCCACCUCAACAGCAGCAGAGGAUUUUCGAGCCCCCGCCUCCCAAAAAGCCAAAUGGUGCAAUAGGACGAAAGGUUGUCGUAUCAACUAACAUUGCCGAGACAUCAUUAACAAUAGACGGUGUUGUUUUCGUCAUUGAUCCUGGCUUUGCGAAACAAAAGGUCUACAAUCCACGAAUCAGGGUAGAAUCUCUGUUGGUGACCGCGAUCAGCAAAGCUUCCGCUCAACAGAGAGCUGGCCGCGCAGGUCGUACUCGCCCCGGGAAAUGUUUCCGGCUAUACACAGAGAAGGCAUACAAAACCGAGAUGCAGGACAAUACCUAUCCUGAGAUUCUGAGAUCCAACUUGGGUUCUGUGGUCUUACAGCUGAAGAAACUUGGUAUAGAUGAUUUAGUUCACUUCGAUUUUAUGGACCCACCAGCUCCAGAGACCUUGAUGCGAGCCUUAGAGCUUCUGAAUUACUUAGCCGCUUUAAACGAUGACGGAGACUUGACUGAACUGGGCUCCAUGAUGGCCGAGUUUCCCCUUGACCCGCAGCUGGCUAAAAUGGUUAUUGCAAGUUGCGACUACAACUGUUCUAAUGAGAUUCUAUCUAUUACUGCCAUGCUGUCAGUCCCACAGUGUUUUGUUCGCCCCACGGAAGCCAAGAAAGCUGCAGAUGAGGCCAAGAUGAGAUUCGCCCACAUAGACGGAGAUCAUUUGACGUUGCUGAACGUGUACCACGCUUUCAAACAGAAUCAUGAAUCGGUUCAGUGGUGCUAUGACAACUUCAUUAACUACAGGUCUUUGAUGUCAGCGGACAACGUACGCCAACAGCUGUCACGAAUCAUGGACAGGUUUAAUUUGCCCCGUAGAAGCACAGACUUCACAAGCAGGGACUACUACAUCAACAUACGAAAGGCGUUGGUCACCGGUUAUUUCAUGCAGGUGGCCCAUUUGGAGCGGACAGGACAUUACCUGACAGUGAAAGAUAACCAGGUCGUGCAGCUGCAUCCCUCAACGGUCCUUGAUCACAAACCAGAAUGGGUGCUCUACAAUGAAUUUGUUCUUACCACAAAGAACUAUAUUCGCACUUGUACAGAUAUCAAGCCAGAAUGGCUGGUGAAAAUUGCUCCCCAAUAUUACGACAUGAGCAACUUCCCUCAGUGCGAAGCAAAGAGGCAGCUGGACCGCAUCAUCGUCAAACUUCAGUCCAAGGAAUAUUCCCAGUACUGAUUUUGCCUUUUUUUUUGAGUCGAACUUGCUCAGAGAACAGCUGAAAAACGAUAAGACGGGAUUUUCUUCAGUUCCAGAUUGUGCUCUUUGCCUUUGAUUCGGGAGCUUUUUAAUUUUUCCUUUACAGUAAAUAUUCCAUUUUGAUUUCAUACAUUAAAAAAAAGAUGUAUGCCUCUUUUUAUUGUGUUCACACUGUAACUCAUACGACGGAGGCAAACGCUGAUCAAUGUUUUGCAGUUUAUUAAAAAAUAGUUUCUCUCUCUCUAUAACAAUGUUGUAAGCAUUGCUUUAGAAAUGGUUGAAAAAAAAAUGCUUCUGAAAUGUGAUUAUCAACCAUGGCAUGCAUGAUCGUUGUAAUUGUUGACAUUCCUUUUAGAAGUUGUGAAAUGUUACAACGUGCUUAUGUAGACGCGACCUUCAGCUUCACUACAGAAGUGUACUGACUUCAAUAAAGUCUAUUUAUACUAAAA